GAUCCGUGACGCUCACCCUCUCGAGGGACAAGACAAAUGCUAAAUACAUGCGGAAAAUGUGAGACAGCAGUGGGCCACCCAGCCCAAGGGGGAACCACUGAAGCUCAGGCUUGCAGGUGUGGGGGAGGCAGCCCCACAGAGAUCAGAGGAACAGCCUGUGCAAAGGCCCGGCGUCCGAGUGGGCCUGCGUGAGCUGACCGGCAGCCCUGCCUGAUGAACACGUGUUUUGCCCUUAACAAAUCACACCCUAAUUCCAAGAGGCUGCCAGCGAGGAGGUGCCCUGUCUCCGGCCACACACAGUGCAAGUGUCUUCCUGGAAACCAGCAAGGACAGCCUCCCCCCAGCUGGCAAGGGCUCCUCCCCCUGAGGCCAGAGGAGAGGGUGGCUGCACAGAGGGGAGAACAGGGCUGCACUGUGAGCAUCCCACAGGCCGCCGCGGGCAAACAGAAGGCCCGAGUGUGUCCAGGGCGGGCAGGCGGGAGCUCAGAGUUGCUCACGGAGCCCUCAGUCUCCAGGCCAAGUGUGCGGCCAGGAAGAAACAGGUCUUUAUUACAGGGAGGCCCGGCACGGCCUGAAACGGAGGACACACCGGGCUGUCCAUCUUCCCGAGGCUUCACGGGGUUGGGGACUGGACACAGACACAAGCUUCCUGGGAACAAAUUCCAAGGCCGCUGGGCCUGCACCUCCUGCCUCCCCCGACUUUGGACUUGGCACUCUCAGGAAGCUCUCCAGGCACGCCAGGCCCAGCCUGCCUGCCGGUGCUCCUGGGGAAGCUCUGCUGGCAUCCUUGCCCCGCCCGGCCGCCCCACCAGGCAGGUCCUCUCCCCUCCACCCCUGCUCCCGGGCCCUUGCACGUUCCCUGGCCAGUACUGGUCACGGUGGACACGGACGGCCGCUGUCCCACUCCGGGGCUGGUGCCCUCGCAACGGUAGGGUGGGGGGUCCCAUUACUCUGGCUACGGAGCAAUUUACCCCAAGACUUCGUGGCCUGAAACAACCAUGUGCUAAGUUCACAGAUUCCAUGGGCUGGGAGUUUGGGCUCGUGCGGGGCCUUAGCUGGAAUCACCUGGAGAUUUGUUCGGGUCUUGUGGUCGACGCUGGCUGUCCAGUGGGGGCUCCAUUCCUCUCUAGGUAGGCCCUCCAUGUGGGAGGCCAGCAUCCCCCUCAAGAUGGAGGCAGGUCUGGGACGUCCCUGCUGGUCCAGUGGUUAGGACUCCGCGCUUCCACUGAAGGGGGUGUGGGUUCGAUCCCUGGUGGGGGAACUAAGAUUCCGUAUGUCAUGCAGCCAAAAAAAAAAAAAAAAAAAAAAAAAAAAGAAAGUGGAGGGAGGUGGAGGGGUCCUUCAAGUGAGGGAACAUAGACACCCACCCACCUUGGUGGGAGCUGUGUAGGGAGGGUCCAUGGGAUUAUGGUCAUUUAGGAAGCUACAGGGCCGGCCCCCAGCAGGUUCUCAGGACAUUUUGUGCUCUGUUGAGCCCCCAUAGUCCUGCUGCAGCUUCCAGAAGAGGAAACUGAGGCCCAGAGAACUUCCCCAAGGCCCUCCCUCUGGGGAUGCCAGUUCAGCUGCAGGACACUGCCGCCUAGUGGCUAGAGGCAGGAUGUCCAGGAGCCGGGGCCUGAGAAUCUGCAUUGACGGCAGGGAGCUGGCCCUGCCCCUCCUGGACCAGCGGGCAAACUCUUGAACCUCAGCAGGUCCCACACAGAGUGGGGUCAAUGCACGUGUAUGUCAUCAGGCUCCGUCAUCCUGGUGACCCCCAUCAGUGACAUCCUUAGAGAUCUCCACCAAGGGGCAGUGUGGUACAGACUGGACCUGCUGCCUCCUGAG